UAAUUGAUGAUUAAACCCGUCGCCAUCUAUGUGACGCAAUCCUAACUUCCUCGUUUCACAAAUGACAGCUGAAGUGUUUUUUCAAACGUCAAACCCUACGGAAAAUGGUGUGCUUAGUGUGAUGAGUUUUCCCUGUGGUUGUUAUUUCCAUACAAAUCAUUAGCACAUGCACACAGAAAAUAUUUGCAAGACUGGUGUUAAUUGCUUUUCAGAAGAUAUGAGUUACAAAGAAAAAUUGCCAAAGCUAGUUGAUGUUUACCGUUCUUCAAAUUCCUUGGGCAGGAGGCAAUUACCUCUUGUUGUUGAUGAAAACUUAACGUUGGUUAUGGAUUUGCGGCGCUCGGGUCUUGUGUGCGACAACCCGCUCAUACGAGGCAAAGAACUGGAGGAGUUCACUCGCAAGUGCGAGAUUUUAACCGAGAAGGAACUGCAGUCCUCAAUACAGAUAACCAAGUCGGAACUGAUGGAUGUACUGAACCAAAAUGUGCCAUGUGUUGGCUGUCGUAGGAGUGUUGAGAGACUCUAUUAUCAGUUAUUUAAAUUGGGACAUUCCACUCUAGACCCUUUAAUGGUGAAAUCUGAUGGUAUGAUUACAAUCAGAGAUGGAAAACAAAUGAUGCCUCAAAUACUCUGUUCAAUUUUUCAUGACCACGCUAUUCGUUUGGCCAAGUUAAUCGAAAAUCAACCAAAAAGAAGCAAAAAAAGUCUGAGGUGUCUUUUGCACUCGUUAGACUCGCAGCGCAGUCGCCCCCUGACCCCCGUAUGGAGGGAUGUGUGGGCUUGCAUGCAACAGGAUUGUAAAAAGGACGUUUGUAUCAUUGAGGCACCAAGUCUUCACGCCACACUUGAGACGUACCUGCGCAAACACAGGUUUUGUUGCGAAUGUAGAACGAAAGUCUUGAAAGCGUACACUUUAUUAAUGGAGGAGUCAGAGCCGUGUAAGGAAAAAGGUUACGUGACGUCACUAUACGCAGGAAUUAAGAGGUGUUUACCAGAUAAGCACAUCCACUUACCGAUAAACACCGAAUAUAUAAUGAAAUUGAUUAGUCGCGCCGAGCCCGAGCUCCUAGGAAGUCGCAGAGAACGCCACGCCAAAACUUUAGAAAUCGCACAGGAAGAAGUCCUCACCUGCCUCGGUAUCUGCAUGUACGAGCGCCUGCACCGCAUCUACAUGCGCAUGCGCGAAGAAGAAUGUACCUGUCAGGUAUUCGCGGCCGUCGCCGUGGACACAAUAAGCAGAAGUUUCGAAACCGCCGUCGAGCGCAAGCGCGGCUUCUCCCAACUCGAGCUCCUCUACGCCGAGAUCGCUCUCGAAGAACAACAGAAGCAAUUCCGAAAAGAACAAAAAAAAAUCAAGCGAAAACGCAAGAAGGGCAAGGCGCUGGAGCAAGAAGGCAAGGAGAACUGCAACGAAUGCGAAAAAGACUACGAGGACGCGAACUGUCUGAACCGGAAUUAUUCGUGCUCUCAGAAUCAGGCCAACCUGAACUACAGCUGCGAGCUCCUGGCUGACGGGCUGCUCAAGUACGGGGACCUGGGUAGUGAGUGUGGCUGUGCUCGGAAUUGCGGAGAGAAGGAGAAUUCGAGGUGCAAUACGCGAAAACUGUGGAUAGAUGGCUGUAAAUGCGAGAACGAGAGGCGAAACCAGAAGAACACGUAUAGGUGCGAGAAUUACGUAGCGGCGGUCAAUUUCAAGACUAUUAACGGGUCGUCGAGUGAUCAUUACCCGGAGUACGACUACACGUCGGAGAAUAGCAACAGCUGCUACGAGACGAUGUCGCUGUUUUCGAGCAUCUCGAGCUCGCCGGAGGGGUCGGAGUUGGCUUGUUAUGAUACGUGCUGCCAGCAUGAGAGCGAGUCGCUGUCGGCGAUUAAGUAUGGGGCGCAGCUGAGUUUACAGCAGAUGUUGGAGGGUUGUAGCGAAGACGAAGACGACAACAACUGCAAGUUAACCCCUGAAGAAGUCUGGGAAUUCGAAAACAGCCAUAAACACUUAGUCGAGAAGCGCCAAGAACUACGAGAAGCCUUGAAGAAGAGAUUUAUAGACUUCUGUGUGUAUGGUCCGUUGCCAGUGCCUCGCUUACUCGUUCAAACGAAAUAUGCGUCGAAUUGAUACAAAGGUUUUAUUUUUAUUGUUCAUUUUUAUCUGCUGGAGUUUUAUAUGAUUGGACGUAUUUUAUGUUCACUUGAGUUUACAUUUGCUUUUUUUUUAAUGUAGAGAAACAGCGAAUGAAUUGAAGUCUAGUAUAUGUACGUUUUGUUACUAUAUUCGAUACAUUCCAUUUUAUGGAUUAUUGUUAUUGAAACAGUUUGUUUUGGAUAAAGUUGAUAUAUUAAAUCACAUUUGUUCUAUGUAAAAACAAUAAAAACCAUAAAUGUU